AUGGCCCCUAAUAUUUCACCAUGGAAAUUGAUAAACAGUCAUAAUCGAGGGGUUUCUGGAAGUUUGAAACCUUUAAUCUCUGAAAGUUACAAUGGUAGUACCAAAAGUAAAAAAGAGAUUGUGAUUGAGCGAUUGGACAACGAACUGGCACGGCUGAGGGCAAUGGAUGUGGAAGUAAGUAAUAUUUUGGUGUGAUGACAUUUUUUAAUCUUUACCUUUGAGUUUGAACACUAUUAUCACUAGCUUACUAUGUAUUUUCUAGCUGAUAUCGGAGAAGCGAAAACUCACAGUAAAAGUGCCAUUAGGUCGAUUCAAGGCCGAAAGUGUUUCCAUAACAGUUAACGGCGACAAGCUUCUGGUUGUAGCAGAGGAAGGGGUUUCGAUUGAUGACAAAAUGAGUGUAGUGACAAAGCUGACAAGAAGAGUUGUGAUACCAUCCAGAGAGAUUCGUACUGACAUCAUGACUUCAUACCUCAGUCCACUUGGGGUUCUGACAUUGACCUUUUUGAAAAAGUGA